AUGUCUGACCCUCCGAAGGAUCUGCUUGAUGGUAUCUCCGGCGCCCUCGCGUCGGAGGGGAGCGUCUUGCAGAUGAUCUUGGUGACGUUCAUCGGCCUGUCCUGCUACAACGUCGCGGAAUUGGUAGUGCUGGUGCCCUCCACCUUUCGUCGCUGGCGAGGUCUCUACUUCUGGUCCCUGCUGAUAUCAGGUUGCAUUGGGGUCGUGCCUUACUCCAUUGGGUUCUUGAUGAAGUUUUUCACCCGCGCUGACUCGGUCUUAUCCGUCACCGUCCUGACCGUUGGCUGGUGGACGAUGGUGACUGGGCAAUCUAUCGUGCUCUACUCACGCCUCCAUCUGGUUCUUCGGGAUGACCGGAUCCUGCGCCGUGUGUUGCAUCUCAUUGUUGCCAAUUUCUUCCUGCUGCAUGUCCCUACCACAAUCCUAACCUAUGGCGCGAACAUUAUCCACAGCAGCGACAUCGUCUGGGUCGAAGGCUACAACAUUAUGGAGAAGAUCCAGCUGACCGGCUUUACCAUCCAAGAAAGCUUGCUGUCAACUCUCUACGUGAUCGAAACAGUCAAACUUCUACGGCUGGGCGCCGAAGCGACCACCCGACCAGGCGCGCGAUCCAUCAUGUACCAGCUCAUCGGCAUCAACUGCGCCAUCAUCACUAUGGACCUACUCUUGCUUGGGCUCGAGUACGCGAACUUUUAUGCAGUGCAGAUCACUCUGAAGGGGUUUAUCUACUCGCUCAAACUCAAGCUCGAGUUUGCUGUGCUCGGCCGUCUUGUUGAUCUCAUUCAAGGGUCCCGCCAUCCCGUCUCCAUCGCCAUCGCCGAUACGUUGCCCCUCUGCUCUUUCCAGCGUCCACCCGAGAGACCCGAGCGACCGAAUGAGCAGCCUUGUGAGCCCAAAGGAUUUUUGACACCGCUGGACCAGGUGCGGGUGGUCGAAAGUCGGGUUUUCGUGGAGUCGGAGAUUGUGAAUUCAUGA